AUGUGGAACAACCGGUUUGAGAGGGUACCUCAAAUGGAUCGUGGCUUGGAUCUUCAGCCCUCGUUACAGUACCUACAGUGGUACUGUGAGAUAGGGAAACCAUUUUUGUUUGGUGGGCGGUCGAUGGUAGUCCCCCCACAUACGACACGAAUUGGGCAACAUCUUCCAGAUCCGAAUCAUGCACCAGAGCUGGAGCCACAGCAGGAGCUAGAGCCGGAACUACACUCUGGAGAUAGUUCUUAUCAUCCAGAUUUAGGGGGCGAUGACUAUUUCUCGGGCUCCUCAGGCCACGGAUAUCAUUCAGAGUUUGAUAUCUUCAGCCCACUACCACCUCAGUACUCCAGUCAUCCCGGCUCAUACUUAUCUCAGUACUCUACUCCUUCCGGACCGUAUCCACCUAUGUACUCAACUCCUCCAGAGCCGUAUCCACCGCCGUACUCUACUCCUCCUGGCCCAUAUCCACCUCCAUAUUCUACUCCUCUCGGCUCAAGUUCAUCGAUGGCAUUUGAGACAUAUGAUUUUUCGUCUAUGUUUCACACACCUCCACAUACAGAUGAAGAGAACGUUGAUCGUCGUAGUCGUCCGCAACGUGAACGUCGGGCUUCACAAAAAUAUACCCCUAGAACCACACCAUCAAACCAUCAAUUUUAG